AUGGAAGAGAAGGAGCAAAGCAAGGGCAUUUCCCUCCGCAAGAAGAAAUCCGUCCGCCCAAAAAUCAGCGCACCACAGCUGAUUAGCGCCCCGUUACCCACUGGCAUCUCCGCGCCAUCCAUACCAGAAGAGCGCUCACGACCCAGUGAAAGCAGCUCAAGACUUGACGUACCGCGCGAACGGACACCGAAGGGGGGCAAAACUUCCGAUCUGGUCCAGAGACGAUACUCGACCCGGUUCACGCAGCAAAUAGACUUCACAGCGGGCGCGCCUCCAAUCCCCUCCAUACCUUCUGUACCAGGCCAGUUCCAGACACCGCCCACGUCGCGCGAUGGCCGGCCAGCAGCAUCAGGCGGGCAGCGCAUCAAAGUCGACGCGCAAGCACUCAGAGACCCGAAUCUACAGCCUGAGCAGUAUGUCGCGUCGCUGCUUGCCGAUGCGGACGAGCAGGACAUCCGCAACUACCAGGAUGAGCUGCGCAAAUUGAAAAACAGGACAUCGACGGACCUCCAGGCGAACGUCUACCAGAACCGCACGCAGUUCAUCAAGAUUAGCAAGGAGGCGGAGAAGUUGCGGGGCGAGAUGCGCACGCUGAGGACGUGGAUGUCGGAGCUCACGGGCACGCUGGGGCAGACGACGUCUGCAGUGGCAGACACGCCGACCGAUACGGUAGAUGCGAGGAAGCGCGCGAACAGGAGCUCCGUCGCGAAUCUGGAAGCCAUGUGGAGCACACAUCUGCAGCAACUCUGGAGAAGGGUCGAGGGAAGUCAGAAGUACCUACCUGCAAUACCUGGACGACACGUUGUGUAUGAGUCCUCUCGCUGGGUGGAGCUGAAUGCCGCGACGUGGAAACCGAGGCAAAGGGUGCAUCUCAUUCUGCUCAACGAUCACCUGCUGGUUGCCUCGGUGAAGAAGCGUGCGGAUGUCUCUUCGCCCAACAUGAGAGACAAUGAGCAGAAGCAAGAUGUACAGCUGACCGCAGAACGCUGCUGGCCGCUGCAGGACGUAAAGUUGGCAGAUCUCUCCACCGCAAGAGGAGCAUCAGAGGGGCGCGAUCGUAACGGCGAAAGACAGCGUGCCGGUGAUGCUGUCAACAUCAGAGUUGGCUCGGAGUCUUUCACGUUUGCAGCGGUUGGCUCCGCAGCAAGUAGUGACAGGGCUGCUCUAGUGACGACGUUUCGGAAGACGGUGGAAGACUUGCGCAGAAGCCAGGAGGCCGAGACAGACGAGAGGCGACGUACCCAGGAGCUUGGAGGGCAGUUUGCAACAAGAAAACUGGGUGUGCUGAAUGGUCUCAACUCGCUCGAGGAUCAAUCGGACAGCACGUCGCAACGUCCAGCGAGCGUGUUUGUCGAGGUUGAUGGAAAGCAGCAAAGCCUCCAAUGGGUUGAGAGCCAGUUUGAUGAUCUGGACAUCGAUAUCGCGCUGCAUCAUUUCGAAGACGCCGUCGCCAGGACGGAAAAGCUCAAGCGUAUGGCGAAAGGUAACAGAGGCAACGCAGCUGUAUAUAACACAUUGACGUCCAAGGUCAACGAAAAGGCCACGAGAUUAGCUGGACUGAUAUCCAAGGAACUGGCGGACAGUCAUGCUUGGAAAACGUCCACCCAAAGGAACGUCAGCUGGUUGUCACGGCUUGGAUUCGAGGACCGCGCCAGGGAGGUUUACCUAGAUGCCCGAAGCAGUGCCAUCGAGCAGCGAUGCAGGCAAUGCAUUUUUGAAGGCAAUCUUCACGACUACAUCUACGAAAUCUCCUUUAUCUACUUCACCAUCAUCCAAAACACGGUAAAGGUCUAUGGAGCCUGCUUUCCUGCGCCUAUGAUGUCUGCUUGCGUCAAGUGGGCGAAGGAGCACGUGGACGACUUUAACGUGAUCUUGGAGCGGCAACUAAGUAGCUUACCUGAAGGGAGUCCGAAGAGAGCUGAGUGUCUCGAACGAGCCAGAGAGCAUGGGAGGAUGCUUGCGGAAGUGGGGUUGGAUUUCAAAGACCUCAUUGGCAGAGCAGUGGAGGAGCGAAGCGAUGGAGGCGUGAAUGACACAGUUGGGUUGGGGGUAGCUUGA